AUGGUCAUAGCUCCCAGGGAAGUAAGACCUGGAGUGGAGGAGACGUUUGUGGUCUUCAACCGGGAGUCAUCAGAGGACGUCACCUUAACCCUACAGGAUUUGCCGAAGAGACAGCACACAAUCUUCCGAGACACCAUCAGCAUCGGUGAAGGGGAGCUCCGAGUGGUGCGCAUUUGGAUUGACCCUGACAAACUGGAGGCUGACCAGCCUCGUAGUGGCCUGCGUCGUCACGUCUCCUUAAUGGUCGAGUGCGGCCAGGUGUACACCAAGGAGGCCCGUCUACCUGUGAGUCACAGGAGCGGAUACCUGCUUCUGCAGAGCGACAAGCCUAUCUACACUCCUAGGCAGACAGCCCAUUUCCGAGUGAUCGCCGUAGGAGAGGACCUGGUCCCUACUGCAGGAGAACUCAAUCUGCAGAUCCUGAACCCGCAAGGAGUGGUGACGUAUGAGACGGCGCUGAGUGGCAGGGACAACACCACAGCGACAGGCAUGUUUAGUCAUUCCUACUCUUUCCCUGCCUCACCGAUGCUUGGUAUGUGGACAGCCGUCGUCGCUUACGGAUUUCGUCCCAGCCAAAAGACGAACAUCACUUUUGAGCUCCAAGAGUAUGUCCUGCCGACAUUCUCAGCACGGAUAUCAGCACCCAGCGUCAUUCUACCGGACUCGCAUUCUCCGACAGUCACAGUUGAAGCCAUGUAUCCCUACGGAAAGCCAGUGCAGGGCUCGGUGACCUGUCGAUUUAAAAUCAGAGAUCGAAGCACCAAGGCAGAACGAGCACUUGGAACGGCAUCAACAAAGGAGCUUGUGCAAGGGGAGGUGACCUUCGCAGUGCCGAACUUCGAACUGCUGGGCUGGAGCCCGUAUUUCUCGUUUGGCGGUUCUAGGCUCGUAGUAGAAGUUGACGUGCUUGACAAGGCGACAAGCGAGCUCGUGACAGCGAUGGAUGACUCGGCCGUGUACGCGACGUCGCCCUACAGCGUCAGCUUCCACAACACUGACCUGCACUUCAAGCCUGGUGGUUUAAAAACGGUCAUGUCUAACGGCGCCGGCGUGGUCGGGACUUUAUGCCGACACGACUGCAUUACCCUAGUGAUCCGAAAAUUCUGCAGCAUGGAAAUCGUCGUGGAUGGGGAAACCAUCACCGAUAAAGAACAGAACGACGGCAGUUGGACCGCUCUCGACACGCAGCGGCGAUAUGCCCGACGUAAGACAGAGGCCGAGACGCAGCCAGCCGCCGAAGGGAUCAAAGGGACGCCAAGUGAAACGCCAAGCAGCGCACCGAGAUAUCGUGCUCUCCCGCAGUCAUUACCGAAGCGAAGAUUCCUACCGAAGCACCCGGCCGAAGAUCACAAGAUCAUCAUUCGCCCACAGUGCGCGAUCAACCUGCUAUCUUACGGCCCAGCCAAGAUUCUCCGUACAGUGUGUGCCACCACCCCAGCUAACCUGGAUGAGGCAGUGCAAGAAGGUAAAGUCAGAGUACACCCUACCAGCAACACUGCCCUGAUCAGCGCCCCAUCCAGGGUGCGAACUUUGCUGCCAACCGAAACCCUUCUGCAAGCCAUAGGACUUGCUCACAUGGGAGCCUUCAGAUCUCAGGUCAACGCGUUCAUAUUCCUGGAUUCGCGUGACCCUGGUAGACCCGCAGAGAUUGGAGGCGACAUUUUAAUGCGCGUCGGGAUAUACCCACCAACAUCUUCACCUGUCUAUUACCUUGUCACGCACAACGGCCAGGUGAAACGUACGGGCGUGCUACGCGUACAAGCUGAUCGGCCUCCUUCGUUAUAUCGUUUUGGGCGCUUCCCAGUGACCUCGGACAUGUCCCCGUCUGUGCGCCUGCUCGCAUAUGCGUUCCACGAGGGACACCUGCUCGCCGACUCGAUUGUCAUCGAGGUUAAGGAAACCUGCUCGCAGCAGGCGGCCGUAACAGUCCAGGCGGACUUCCAGAGCAACCGACCUGGGAGCAACGGUUCCUUGAAAAUUUUGGGAAGUUCCGGUACGCGUGUGGGCAUUUUGGGCGUCGACAAGCAAGUUUACUCACUGACUGGCAAGGAAGGUCUACUUACCUCAGAUAAGCUGUUUGCGAUGUUGAAGUCGCACGACAUGGGCUAUGGUCCUGGGGGUGGUCACACAACCGCGGAUGUAUUGUCCAACUUCGGCGCUGUCAUCGUCAGCAAGGAGUCGCCGGACAUUGUUCAUGUAAAUGAAACCAACUGCCCAAGCCGGUCCCGCCAUCGGAGGAGUCUUGGGCGAGUGAAGCACAGUACACUGCCGAAGUAUGCAGUGGACCCAUUCCUGAAAAAGUGCUGCUCGCUGGGAAAGAAGCGAGACCGGGCCGGACGGAGCUGCCCUAUGAGAUCUUCAAUCGUGCGGCGCUACAUCAGUGGACAGAAGGGCGAGCAGUGUGCAGAUGCCUUCGCUGAAUGCUGCCCGCGCGACAAAGGCCGCCGCGUUUUUAACCUUAUGCGGCCAAGCCACCCCCAGGAGUUGAACGUCAUCUUAAGGGAUCCUCUGCCAGAGUCCCUGGUCAGGGAAAGUCCCACCAAGCCGACGCCUUCCUUUGACGAGGUAGAUGGAGAUGACGGUGAAGAAGUAGAUGAUGUCCUGCCUCCGGCUUCUCCAAUCCGAAAGGAGUUCCGGGAAACUUGGCUAUUCGACGAACAAAUCAUUGGGCCGGACGGUGUGGCAGACAUCUCGGUGAGCCUUCCUCACAGCAUCACCACGUGGUCGGUGCAGGCGGUGAGCGUGUCGCCCUCUGGCGGUGUGUGCGUUCCCGAACUACGGGAGGUGGGCGUCUUCCAGCCGGUCUUCCUGCAGGUGACGUUGCCUUACGAAGUGGUGCGCAACGAGCAAAUCGAAGUGCUCGCUACUGUCUACAACUACGGCAACGAAACAAUCCGAGGCAAUGUUUACGUGUACGGUGUGGAAGGAAUAUGUGCGGGUGCUCAGGAAGGCGAACGAUCUGAAAGGCGAACCGUGUCAGUUACCGCCAACUCUGCAUUGAGCAUCGCCUUUCCCGUGGUACCACUCAGAGAAGGUCGCUUCGUCAUCAAGGUCCACGUGCACUGUCCUCAGGGCGAAGACGUCGUCGAGAAAGAACUCAACGUAGUGCCCGAAGGAGUGCCAGUUGAGACGGUCUUCUCCGUUCCUAUCGACCCGGCCAAUGCCCGCAAGAGGACAGUGCCGGGGGCCUCGGCGGAGAGGUACUAUGUUUUGAAAACCAGCCAGCAAAGCAUCUCCGUUGAUGUUGUUUCGCCUCCGGAUGCUGUGCCAGGCACAAUGCGCUGUUCGCUUUCCCUGAUGGGAAACCAGGUAGGCUCGUUGGCUGAAGAGACGCUGGAGAAGAUCGGGGUCCUCAUGAAGACGCCCAGCGGAAGCGGCGAGGAGAAUGCUGUGCUCAUGGCACAAGCGCUGUAUGUUCUCGAAUACCUCGAGAGGAGGAAUGUUACUGACCCUGCACUCGAAGAGAGAGGGCAUCGGUACCUGAGGGAGGGAUAUCAACGGCAGCUGUCUUUUCGGAACGAGACCGGCUUUUUCUCGAAAUUUGGGAACACGGUGACCGGUAGCCUGUGGUUGACAGCAUUCGUCACGCGCACGUUGUGCAAAGCGAGGCAGUACACUAGUAUCGACGACUCGGUCAUUUUAUCCGGCCUGUGGUGGCUACUGAGGCAGAAGAAUUCGAUGGGAGCUUUCCGGAAAGAGUGGCCUUACGCGGAGGACAGCAUUCUGGGAACUGAAGACAGGUUUACGGCCAUGACAGCCUUCGUAUUCAUCACCUUGGUGGAAUGUAAUCUGUUCAUCAAAGAAAAGUCUGCACUGCAUCCCAUGCGAGAGACUGCAAUGUAUCUCAGCGAGACAGAUUUCGGAAAUGAAAACGCCCACGCAACGGCUCUCGCAGCGUACGCAAUGAUGCGAGGAAACGUCACGGGAAAAGACAACGCACUGUUGGCCCUCAUGCAAAAGCUCACCCACGAACCUUUGCUGAACACACGAAGUACGGGAGGCAAUGUGACUCCAUACGUUGUCGAAGGCACAAGUUACGCGCUUCUUGCUCUGCUAGCCAGCGACAAUAGCUACGCCGAUGUGAUCCAGACCGUUGUGAGCUGGCUCAGCACACAUCGCCCUCUGUCCGGUACUUCCUCUUCAACACACGAUGGUGCAGUAGCCCUCCAGGCGGUUAUGGAGUUUGAUGUGAAGUCUUCGGAACCUGACAUGGACCUCAUGUGCGAUGUUACUAUGAGUGGACAGCAGUACUUCCACAAGAGCAUUCGGAUAAGGCCCGACAAUGCAGCAGUGCCCCAGGAGGUGGAUAUUUGCGACAUGUCGGGCAAGUUGCGCGUGACAGCUAACGGAACCGGAAGUGGGCUGCUUUCCGUUAGGAUGAAGUACAACAUUCUUUUUCCACCGGAAGUGUUGUGCAAGUUUAACGUGACUGUGCGAGCUGGCAUCCAUGCACCCAAAGCGAAGAGCGCUGCCUUGGAUGAUUUCCCGGAAGAGCUUUUGAAUGAGCUUCUCGGAUUCGACCGAGAACGUCGAUCUGUGGAUUUUGGAUCUUCGCUGCAUGUGACAGGUCCAUACGGCACUGUUAGACCACCUAACGAACUGCAGGGGAGCAAGCUUGUUUACGAAAUUGAAGUUUGCUCACAGUAUGUUGGCGAGUCAGACUCCAACGCUGCUGUCAUCGAAGUUGGACUACUCAGCGGUUUCGAUCCGGUGGUCGAAGACUUGACCGCUGCAAUAACAGGGAAUCCGCAUCUGGCCAAGUACGUCUUAACCGAGAGAAAAGUGAUCCUCUAUUUCAAACAGAUACCGUGGCAAGCACCUACUUGCGUGAAAUUCAAGACUGAACGCAAGCACGUCGUCCGUAACGUCCAGGCGGCAGCAGUCAAGGUGUACGACCACAGCGACCCCUCACGUUCUUGCACGCAGUUUUACGGAAUCGGAUCGACGGACCCUCGCCUUAAGCUGGCCUGCGAAGGACGCAAGUGCCUGUGCAUAGAAGCUGAGUGUCCUAGACGAGAGCCCUUUCUGAACGUUGAAAGAGUGAUACCAGUGGAAAUAAAGCGGCAGAUGCUCCUAGAGAUGGCCUGCAAGGAGCAUGACUUUGUGUGGAUCGCAGAUGUGUCUGGGAACAGUGUUGUCAACGGCUUCCGUCACAUACGUCUACGUGUCACCACUGUGCUCAAAGAAGGUGCAGAGAACAGCGAAACCGUCUUGAUGGGUGAAAAGCUGUUCUUGGCUCCGCAUCACUGUACCACGGCCGACUUGAGCGAAGGCGUACGCUACUUUGUCUUCGGCCGAGAUGGCGAGCCUGUUGCGAGAAACGGAUCUCAUGGCAUAAGAUACAGCAUGGACAAGCACGUGCGCCUCUUCAACACACAAAAUAAGUCUCGAAGGGCCGCAAGGCUUUACUCAGUUCUUGAAUGGCUGUCGUCGCAUCUCCAGAGGCACGGAGGCUGCCCGGAGCACUCUAGAGUCGUGCGGUCAAUGUCAGUUCACGACGCUUAGCAAAAGUGCAGGCAGGUCUCCUCCUUUGCGUGUAAAGGGUUUUCUGAUGGAAGCAAUACUCUCAGGUGGCGUUAUCUUUCCACGGUUGCCACGGGCAACUGCACCCGACUCCGUCUAAGGCAAGUAGUAACAACAUGGCUUCUGAGGUGCGACACAGCGCAGCAAGAAUGAAUACUUGACAGUGAGAAGACAACA